CCCGGCGGAUCGACGUCGCAAAUUUGCUAUGCAACGCUACAAGAGAGUUACCGUGACAAAGCCACUUCCGAGAAAGCGCAACUGAUUCAUCGAAAAGGCUUCUUCCCACCUAAACGCAGCUCCGGCUCGCAACGAAAUGGCCACGUUCGUCAGCCGGCUGACGUGCGGCUUCUGCGGCUUCGUCAGCCCCAACUUCAACGCGGGUGAUGCCUGGGCGCCCUACUACCGGGCCGUAUACUGCACGGGCCCUGAGGCAUCGCAACCGCGCCUCUCGGGCAUCGGCCACCACGACUACAACAGCACAGACAACUACCUCCCGCCCGAGUCGCAUCAACGGUACGACGACAAUGGACUGACCCCCCUCACCAUGAUCCAAAUCCGUGAUAUCAAGCCCCCCGGGCCCGAGGUGCCCGAGCAGGAACGCGCUACCUACGCCUGGGGUUUCCAGUUCCAUGAUGCUUGCUGGUCGCUGCUGCAGCAGGCGGUCAAGCCCGAUGCCGUGGAUGUGCAGACCCUGUGGCGCGUUUUGCUUUCGGUGCCGUGCGGGACUGAGCUGCCGAAUUGGGGACAUAGCUAUGGUGGCUUGUAUACAGGGACCGUCAAGGAUCAGGCGAAAGGGGACCAUUUUGUCCUUUUGGGCCCGAAUUCUAAUUUGGUGAUUCCCAGCACGUUUUCGAAUCCCUUCAAGGUGCCGGAGCUGCAGAAAGUGAUCGCGGAAUUAAGGAUUGAGCGGCGGGGGGAUGGGUAUGCUGAGACGAGAGGGCAGGAGACGACUAAGAGGACUACGGUUAAGACCCACGCAAAAAGGACAGCUCACAUAGAUGGCUAUCCUGCCAGCGAUGCCGACCCCUUCGCGAAGCUCCCGCUCGAGCUGAGGGAGUUACUCCUCUGCUACUGCGACACCGCCGACGUGCUCCAACUGCGCCUCACCUCCCGCGGAUUCGCCACAACGCCCCUGACGCAACAAUUCUUCAUGUCGCGGUUCUGGCCCGGGCACGAGAUGAACGUCUUCUUCGACGCAUUUUUGCUUCCCCCAGGCGUAAGGCGGGGCACCGAUUUCGCAAGGUUGUACGGCGAGUUGAAGUUCAGACUUAGGUACAACCGCGUGUGUCUGGGCGAGCGGAACAGGCUGCGCAUAUGGGGUCAAACAGUGAAGCCCUUGGCCGAGGCGCUGGGCAGGGUUGGAAGCAUGAGCAAGCUGGCGGGUGGGCCGGGUUGGCGCUGGGGCGAGGGAGAUGGCGUCGUGGAAACGCCUUGGAAGGUGGUCAAGACGAGGCACCACGAAAACUUUGAGGAAGCGAGGCGGGUGGUGCAUCGGGCCGAGGUGAAAUUUCCCAGUGAGGACGUGAAGGGGGUCUAUAUCUCCAUGCUGAAGUUCUUUGGGACGCAGUACGUGACGGGCUUGAGGUUUGUAUUUGCAAACGACAAAGAUGUGGAGAUUGGAUAUACCUCAAAGACGUCUGAGAAAUUCCUAGCUGUCGAAGCAUGUCUAAGGGGCUUCUACACUGCACUUGACGAGUGUGGUUUCAGGGCCCUGGCCCUCAUGACGGGAAAACAUAUGCCGUCAGAGUAUCUGGAAUGGGUCGGGGAUGUUGGCGCUUUGUCUGUUGUGCCCUGCAGAACAAGCGGCAAGGGUGUCAGGAGGGUGAGGGCGAUGUUUGAUGGCUUUCGAAUGCAGGCGCUCCUCAUUCCGGAGGGUGCAAAUUCCCUCGGGAAGGUGCAGAAAUAACUAGUUGAUAAAAUACUGGAACCACGAGCCACGAAUGUAGCCGGUGGCGGAAAUAGGCACAGGACACGGUAGGCUUUACGGCUGUUUCUUUGCAUGUGCCAGGCUGUCCCUACGUGAAAUGAUCGGCCGUUCAAGAGGUUUUACCAGAUGAUUAUGACGUUAUUUUGUUUGCCAGGCGCGGCAAGUACAACCGCCGUCUAUACACAAUGCUAGCAGUAUACGUAGGAUAUAUAGAAGACCACUGGGUUUACGGUUUAAUGCCGGCUCAUACUACC